AUGGGCAAAGGGUUGUCAAAGCUUGAAACUUCACCUCUGGUGAGUAUGUGUAGAGAGAGAAGAGAGUUUAUCAAAGCUGCUGCAUAUGGUCAGUUUGACCUAGUUUCAGCCUAUGUCAUGUAUUUAGAAUCCUUGUUAGACGUAGGCAAUGCUCUUAACCAGUAUGUGGAAGAUGAGUUACUUAUUUUAGACGACAAUUCUCAGGAUUCUGGUUCUGAUUGUGAGCCAUCUGAGGAAGCCUCUCACCUGGAAUUUCCAUCCUCUGACCCUGUAGUGAAUUUGGAUUCAUUAACUGACCAUAUUCACAGUGACAUGGAAAUACCGAGACUCCCUAUUACAGAGAAUCAAGACCCAUCUGCAGCCAAUCUGAGUAUAAAAUUCGUGGAAACCAGACAACAUGAGAUGCCAGGGGUGAUUCAUGGGCAAUCAUGGAGUGUGCCCUCAAGACUUCCCCAUCAUAGUUAUCAGGAGAACACUCACACUCAUGUGGACGUGUCGCAUGAAGAUACUGUGCACAUCAAACAUAAUCAAAGAUUUUCAUUUAACAAUAGAUGGGAAAAUCCACAAAGUCGUGAGAGGUAUCCUCAGCUUGUAAAUCAGGGCUUUCCUGGAUCUUCAAUGGGUUUUUCCUACUAUGAUGAUAGGAAUCUCCAUUGUCCCGCUGAGGCAAUUUCUAUGGCUAUACCCUCCAGUUUUCCAAAGUUCCAUAGGCAUGUAACUGAUCAAAAUCCCCCACCCAUUGCUUCUCCUACUCCUCCCCCACCUCAAGUCUCUACAUGGGAUUUCUCAUAUUUAUUCAACUUGAAUGAUGAUAAUCAUUAUAAAAAUCUUCAUUUUAGUUCCAGCUAUAACACUAGGACCAAUAGUAGCGAUUGUGAUGUGAGAGAAGUAAGGGAGCGAGAAGGAAUUCCUGAUUUAGAAGAUGAAACAGAACAAGGUUCAAUGGACGCAGGAUUUGAUGAGAAGGGGUUGAAAAGAGCGAAUCUCAAAUCAGGUGAUGGACCUUCAUGUGGAACACAGUUGAGUUCUGAUAGAGAUGCAUUCAUGGAUGAAGAAAAUGCACCUAAAGAUAGCUGCAAUGUCGCUGAGGAAGAGAUUGAAGCUGAUUCUGAAGUAGUCACGUCAAAGAACUUGGAGCUUAGGAUAAUGGAAGGUGAGAGUUAUGAUGCAGAAGAAGCAAUGGUACUAAGCAGUAAAUCUCUAGGAACAAGUUGUGUUUCCUCACCAGUUUGUAGUGGUAGAGUGGGUCUUAAGGAAGCAAUACAGGAUAUAAAGGACGAAUUUGAAAAUUUAUUUAAUUUUGGAAAAGAAUUCUCAGCAAUUAUUGAGGUGGGCAAGCUACCGUAUCACUCCUUGAGCACCAGGUUAAGGGGUUUUGCUUCUCCUGUUCUGGGACUGAUUUUUCCUUCAGUACAGAAAUGUUUUCACCCUCCUUCACGUAUUCAGUCAGACCAAAUAACUCGUAAAGGACAGCUGCUGUGCAGUACUAACAAGACAGACAAUCAAGGACAUGUUUUUGCAAAGUUUGUUGAGCUUUCAUCCAUUUUGGAGCAGCUGUAUAUGUGGGGAAAAAGACUUUACAGGGAAGUUGUGGGUGAAGAAAAACUUCGGAUUCUCUAUGAGAAAAGAUAUAAGAGGCUCAGAGAUCUGGAUGGUCAUGGUGCAGAACCAGAUAAGAUCACUGAUGCCUGGUCCUCUGUCAGACAUAUGCAAUCUGAAAUUAAUAUAGCUGUUGCAUCUAUUUGUGUGGUAUCAAGAGCGAUAGACAAGUUAAGAGAUCACAAGUUGCUUCCUGAACUCUAUAAAUUAAUUGAAGGAUUAAUCAAAUUGUGGAAGUAUAUGGGUUCAUGCCACUUCAAACAAUUCCAAAUCAUCACGAAGGCCAAAAGUCACGUACAUAUUUUAGAUCCAAGUAGGAAUCGUUCAAACCCAGGGGCUACUUUAAGACUGGAAAGGAUGAUCUUGAACUGGGGUAUAUGCUUUAGUAAUCUUGUCAACACACAGAAGGACUUUGUGAAGUACUUGAACGAGUGGCUUCUAAGGUGUGUGCUCCAAGAACCUGAAGAAAUUGUAAAUGGGACUGCCCUUUUCUCUCCAAGCAGGAUUGGAGCUCCUCCCAUUUUCAACUUAUGCAAUGACUGGUACCGUACUAUCGACUCAAUUUCAGAACUGGGAGUUUCGAAAGCCUUUUCUGAUUUUGCCUCAAGCUUGAACCAUUUAUAUGAGAAGCAGAAAGAGGAACAAGCACAAAAAGCUGGAGUGGAUUACCUCUUGAGGGACUACCAGGACAGACUUAAAACCCUUCAUAAGAAGAAUCGCAUGAGCUUUCACCAUAAUUUUUCUCCUAUUAUGGCAGCCUUGAGGGAUGGCGAAGAAGCUGAAGUUCCUUUAUUGGAGGGGUUUGAUGAGAGUUUAACAGUAUUAGGGAAAAGAAUGGUUGAACAGAGGGCAAAACACCGAGAGGUUAUAAGACAGGUCAAUGACACUGCUUCAUGUUGCUUACAAGUGGGUUUAUCUCGCAUUUUUGAGGAAUUAGGAAGCUAUUGUUUAGAAAAUCUGACAGCCUAUGAGCUGCUUAGACUACCAAAUGCUGCGUCCCAUUAUCCGGGAACGCUUGAAUUUUGA